CAAACACUUUUUUUCCCCUAAAGUAGAUCUAAUCGUCCAUUUUUUUUAAUGCCAGUCAUCCCUAAAGUAAACGUUUAACAGGAAUUAGGAAUGGCAGUCGGGGACAGACAGGCGGCCGGCCAACACACGAGUCAAACUCUUCAUUCUACACCUACCACAGCCUCAGGACACCUACUACAGGCUCUCAGACAGACGCCUAAUCCAGCCUAAUUUAACUUGGCUCCAGUGCCGGCUUUUAACCUGUGCUCUUCGCUUCUCUUCGCCUCUGCUCAUCUGGUUAAUCCCCUCAACCCUGAAUCGCCUCUUGCUUCAGCUUCAAGGGAAUCGCCUCUCGCUCUUCCGCCCGCCUCUUCUACAGUUGGGAAUAAAGCACACCUUAUGCCAAUGGCGUCUCAUUCUCUGCAUCUAUACCUGUCCUCUUCAUCAUCCCCUAAAGUUGAUUACAAGCCCACUUCCACUCUCUCAGAUUUUAAGAGCUUCGGAUCACAACUCUCUUUUUCCUCCCAGAUCCGCUCUCUUACCCUAAGGUCAUUGCAUCCAAUGAAUCAUUUGUUAUCAAGUAGAGUAAAUUUGGCUGCCAUAGCUUGCAGCAGUGUGGAAGUUGAUAUCUCUCUGAGCCCGAGAGUGAAUUCGGUGAAGCCCUCAAAAACUGUGGCUAUUACUGAUCAAGCAACUGCCCUAGUUCAAGCUGGAGUGCCUGUUAUUAGAUUGGCUGCCGGGGAACCUGAUUUUGAUACUCCUGCUUCUAUAGCUGAGGCUGGUAUUAAUGCGAUUCGUGAUGGAUACACUAGGUAUACACCAAAUGCAGGAACUUCUGAACUUCGUUCUGCUAUUUGUCAUAAGUUAAAGGAGGAGAAUGGGCUAUCUUUUACCUCUGAUCAGAUUUUGGUAAGCAACGGGGCUAAACAAAGUAUUAUUCAGGCAGUCUUGGCAAUAUGUUCUCCAGGAGAUGAGGUUAUCAUUCCAGCACCAUACUGGGUUAGUUACCCGGAAAUGGCAAGGUUAGCAGAUGCUAACCCUGUGAUCAUUCCUACCAAGAUAUCCAACAAUUUCAUAAUGGAUCCGAAGCUUCUGGAGUCUAAGCUGACUGAGAAGUCAAGGCUAUUGAUUCUGUGCUCUCCAUCCAACCCAACUGGAUCUGUCUAUCCAAGGGAAGUGCUCGAAGACAUUGCUGCUAUUGUAGCAAGACAUCCAAGGCUGUUGGUGCUCUCUGAUGAAAUUUAUGAGCAUAUUAUUUAUUCACCAGCAACUCAUACAAGCUUUGCAUCUUUGCCGGGAAUGUAUGAGAGGACUCUCACCGUAAAUGGAUUUUCUAAGGCCUUUGCAAUGACUGGUUGGAGACUGGGUUAUCUUGCUGGCCCUAAACAUUUUGUUGCUGCGUGCAAUAAGAUCCAGAGUCAGUUCACCUCCGGUGCCAGCAGUGUUUCACAAAAGGCAGGUCUUGCUGCCUUGGGGCUGGGCUAUGCUGGUGGAGAAGAAGUUGCAGCUAUGGUAAAAGCUUUCCGCGAACGACGAGAUUUUCUUGUUAAAAGCUUUCGGGAAAUAGAGGGUGUUAAGAUUUCAGAACCUCAGGGAGCCUUCUAUCUGUUUAUUGAUUUGAGCACUUACUAUGGAAGAGAAGUUGCUGGAUUUGGUGUUAUCAAGGACUCGGAAUCCUUAUGUCGGUAUCUAUUGGAUAAAGCUCAAGUUGCUCUUGUGCCGGGUGAUGCCUUUGGGGACGACACCUGUAUUCGAAUCUCCUACGCAGCGUCACUGUCCACAUUACAGUCAGCAGUUGAAAAUAUCCGAAAUGCAUUGCUCUCUCUCAGACCUGCCUAAUUCACUCCCAUAUUUCUCAACAUUAACCCCUUUUGUAUUUUACUAGUAUUUCUACAAUUCUACGGUUCUACCUGUGCGUUAAGUGCUUUAACUAUACUAGUAUUGUACCCGUGCGAUGCACGGGAUAAUGUUUUUAUGUUAUUAUUUAUGAUGCAUUACAAUAAAUAAUAUUUGAAUAAAGAGUAUAAUAAAAAGAAACAUGUAUAAAUUGUCAUACAGAUUACAGAAUGCUAAAUAUGUACUUUGUAUAUAAUUUUUAUUACAAAAAG